GUACGAGCUCGCCGCCGCUCGCCGUCUUCGAGGCCGGUGGCCGUCGACCUCCUUGCCGCAAUGCCUUCCUGGAACGACGAGGAAACCAGCUCGGAGGAGGAGUGCGAGGUUGUCAGCAUGGACAUGGGACUUAUGGAGGAACCAGACACCACUGUGGAGCCCCUUUUCUGUGGCCAACUUGAGCUUGCUCAUCCCAAGUGCAUUCUGCACCAACUGAGGCCUAUUAAGCGUGUUGCUUUUGAAGGGCCUGUAACAGGAAGGCGUUUCUAUGGCUGCCCAGUCCAGGAAAAUGGUGUGAAUUGUGGUGUUGUAGAGCGGGUUGAUGGGCCUUGGCCAACUGUUCUUCAGAGAUGUCUGUGCAAGCUAUGGGAGAUGUUCCAUGAGCAGAACUUUGGAAGGGUACAGGACAAGCAGAAGUUUGAGAAGGAGUUGGCCAGGCUUAAGAGUGAACAUGAAAGGGA